AUGGACGAGGAGACACAAAGCAACACAAAGGGACAAGCAGCUCCGGCAUCCCCCGCCACCUCGCGACAGCAAACCUCCUCAGAUGUGCCAACCGGGGGCGAGGUGAUAGCAGCAGGAGCAGCAGCAGCAUCGCCGACCAUUGCGAAUGCGAUCACCAUAGCCAACGCGGCCGUGGACCGCGUCGCCAUGACAGAGUCGCAGCAGCCCGCAAACCCCGGCACGGCGCGGGUAGAGAGUCCGUCGCCUCACUUUCAGACGACAGCGACAGCGUCGACAGCAGAGACGGCCAGACAAGCUUCACAAUCGGCGGCGCCUGCGCCCAAUUCGGUCGCUGGCCAGCGCCAGGUCAACGAAGAAGUCGUGCAUGGGAGGGGCCCGAUGGCUGCUGCACAGCUUGACCCGGCGGAAAAAGCGAGUCCAGCCGGCACUGGCAUUGGAGCUGGAACAGCCGGAACGGGCGCUGCAACGACCGGGUCUCCACAGCAGCUCGAGCCUCCAGGCCCGUCGCUGCAAUCGCCGCCUGUGCAGCAGUCUUUUCAACCACAACAGCCGCCCGUGUCCGCGCCAUCUCCGUCAGCCCAUCCGCACACGGCUCCGCAUCCCCAAUCCCAGCCGGCGCCGCCACCGCCGCAACAGCCGCUGCAGGUGCCCUUGCAACCGCAUCAUCCCCAGCACUAUCCACCGCCGGGACAGCCGCCGGCAGCGCACACGCUGCACACGCGAUCUCUCCAGCAGCACCAGGCUCCACUCGCUCAGACGGGGCGCGUGCAAAGUCCACCGGCGCAUCCUCAGCAUCCGCAUCCUCCACAACAACAAUUUUACCACCAGCAUUAUUCGCAACCGCAACCGCAACCGCACCAGCAACCACCACCGCCGCAGCCGCAGCCGCUCGAACCUGUUCCCGCGUCGGCCCUGCCAGCUUUACACCAGCCGCAGCCGCAGGCGCACCUGCAGUUCCAUUCACAUCCUCAACCCCAACCCCAACCCCAGCAGUCUCUUCCUCCUCUGCCGCACACCUCGCAUCAGCGCGCGCCUGGCCCGAAGCCCGUCAUCAUGGACCCACCAGGGCUGCGCAAGGCGACGCAGUCGCAGUCGUCGCAGCAGCAAACCGCCAUGGGCUUCCCGUCGCCCACGCGCGACUAUGCGGCAGCAAAUCCCAAGUUUGUCGACGACUGCACGCGCAUGAAUUAUGCCCUGCUCCAGAGCCUGCCCGAGGCCGUCCGGCGCAUUGUCCGGGACCACUGGGAGAAGUGCCUGCUGGGCUCCGAGUUCCACCAAGCUUUCAUUCUUAAUGCCUCCAUCCACCACGCGCCCGCGUCCGUCAUGAGACGCGCCCUGAGAGAUUUCGGGGGGAAGAUGGUUGCCGAGUCGAAACACGAGCUCAUCGCCCACUUCACAACCGAAGCCCUGGACGAGGUUGCCGAUCACAUCAUCAGCAAAGCCAGUGAUAGCUUCCUCGACAAAUGCCUGGAGAAGCGUCUGCUGACCAUUGAGGCCAAACCGCUCAUCAACGCGCUUGCAAAAGCUGAGCGGCUGGGCUAUGAACCGGGCGACAUAGUCCAGGACGACCAGCACGAGCGCGUCAUCCCCCAAGAAGCCUACCCGGGAGCCGCUACCGGUGCGAACGGUUUCCACGCUCAUCCUAGCCAGCCAUCCUCUGCGAACGCGCAAGGGAACCGACAACAGCUACAGUGUCUUCAGUGCUUCCGAACCUUUCUGCACGCCUCUGCGUAUGACUAUCACACGAAGUACAAUGUCUGCAGCCAAAUCCCUCCCUCCACGAAGGGGUUCGAGCAUUCAUGUCCUCACUGUGGGCAGGGCUGCAGCAGGGUGGAGGAAUUGCAAGCUCACCUCGACAACAAAGUCUGCGGCAACUUCAGCCAGCCGACCAAGGUGUCCCGGGGGCCAGGCCGCCCUCCAAAGAAUCCCCCGGCUCCGCAGCCCAACCAAGCAGUCAUCCUUCCCUCACCGUCCUCGCAGUCCCGAGCUGCAAACGGCUACUCGGGCACGCAACUUCAGUCCACGCCGGCGCGUUCUAGCUUGGCAGGCCGGCCUGCAGGCGCCACGCCCGGAUCGACGUCGUCCCCCAUCGCGGCGGACCCCUACGCCCACCUGACGGAAGAACAAAUGGCGGCGAUGAACGAGGAGCUGCGCGAGGCCGAGGCAAAGUACGCGCCCCGCUUUGCCGACGCGGAGCUCAUUCCGGACGAGAACGCGCGGCGGCAGAAGAUCGAAGGCCUGCGCAACAGCUUCGGCACCAAGCAAUCCAUGAUCCGAAAGAAAUACGGCGUGCGCCUGCGGGAGCGCCGCACCAAGGCCGAGAUCAUGGCUGAGCGGGAGCGGAUGGGCCUCAAGCGCGCCGAGAAGGAAAAGGCCAAAGCAAUGGCUGCUGCUGCCGCUGCUGCCGCCGCCGCCGCACGGCAGAACUCGAGCCCGCGAGCCAACGUGGAAGCGGCAUCACGCGCAGCCGGCGGCGGCGGCAGCAGCAGCGGGUGGAUCGCCGCUAACACGCCGCGGGCGAGCGCCCUCUCGGAGGAGGAGCAUGACCUGAAGCGUCGGCGCCUGGACGAGAGCGGCGGCUAUCAAACGCCAUACAAGUCCCAGGCGCCCGACUCGCCCACGCGCAAGACCCUCCCCGUGUCGGAGAUCGGCGGCGGCCUGUCGGGCGCGGCUGCCACCCCCGCGACGCACGACCCCACACUGCCGCCUCCGCCGUCCCAGCCGACGAAAGUGUACGAACAGUCCGGAGCGCGCGUCGAGAUCCACGAGCCGGCGCAGGCGCAGGCCAGCAAGCCCGGCGCGUCGUCCCGACCCGACGACGCAUCCGCAUCCGCCACGCCCGCCGGAUCGGACGAGACCGGCGCGAGCCGCCGCCCCGCGAGCAGGCAGGACCCGGCCGCCGCGGAGAAGAAGCCGGUCAUUGUCCUCGACAACGAUUCAUCGUCAUCCGACGACGACGAUGAAGACAUCCCCUCGACGUUGCCGGCCCACGUGCGCAAGAGCCUCGCGUCCGGCAGCACCUCGCUCGUGCCGAACCAUUGAUUGAGCUACCUUUUCCGCCCUGCCCAUCAAGAGUCUGCAGAGUCUGCCACCUACCUACCUACCUUACCGGUUCCCACAUUUGCUUGCGAGCGGGCGUUGUUGGGUGUACCCCUUUGUCUGCGGAACAAACAUAAAACCUGUUUCUGUUAACCUCUCCAUUAACGUCGUUCAACACGUUUCCCGCCACACUUCCUUCGGUUGCGUCAAUACCCUUAGAUACCCCCCCACCCGCAGGGGCUCUACCAUUCUGCAUUGUUUCUUUUUCCUCGGGGCCUGAUCAGGGUUAUUUACCGUUCGCUGGGCUGGUCGAUGCGUCAGGACGCGGCCGACGGCCGACAACAGCACAUUUCGCCCAGCGCCAUUCCUUUGGCGUUUGCGGUUUCAUGGUUAGAGUUCAAAGAAAUGGACCCGGAGCGUGGGUGGAAGUGGAGGUUUGUUUGCCUUGAACGCAAUGUUGUAUGUAUAUCCCGCCAGGUUGUGUGUGCAUCCCUCUCUGGAGGGGAGUAAAAAAUGUAAUAGCAGACUCGACUGGAG